CCUGGAUCCUAACGCUCCAAGGGCUCCCUUGGCGUCUCAGCCUCCGAUAGCGUCUGAUAGCGGAUGGAGUACAGGCGGUCCGCGAAAGCGAGGCGGUGUGCAGGAGGAUGGGCUGCAGGAGAUGUGGAGAAGGAUAGAGGAGGCUUCCAGGAAGCCCCGGAAGUUGAGGAAGAAGCUCUCCAGCUCCUGAACCCGCGCCUCCUGCCGCCCCAGGUGCUCGGCGUUUUCUUGUGGUGCCUCCACCUCCCCCUCCAGCUCUUUCAGCCUCUCCUGUCCGAAGGCAGGGCAUCCCUCUCGCCCUCUGGAGAGAACUCUCCAGAAGACCAAGACACCCCAGCACUGGAAGAGCCAGCUAAACCUGGUCCCAGGCCAGCGGUCUCCAGGCCCACGGCCCAUCAGUACCUCAGCACUGAGACCCACCAGGGGGACCACACCCUGCACGGCUCCAAGCACCAGCCACGAGACGCUGGCGUUUCCGAGCCUGUCUCCCAGGAACGCAGCCACCACCAAAGCCUGCAGAGACAGCCCCCUACCCGGCCCCCGCGGUGGAAGGCCGAGGCCCGCCGGGGCCAGGGGUCUCGGGUUGGUCCCCACUGGGUGAGGACGCCUUGCUUCUUUGGAUGCAGGUGGCUCUCCCGCCCCCAUUUCCCGGUCUCCCGCCAGCCUCACCGAGUGAUUGAACUGCUGCUGGGGGUGAGGGGCUGCUGGAGCCGGCCCUUCCCUUUCUGGGGGUCGGGGCGCCACCGGGGCGUCAGGGAGCCAGUUGGGGCCAAGGUUGCCUGGCUGCUUUGGGAGGGUUCCGAGGCCGACCUCCUCACCCUCUGCAGGCUCUGGGCGCUGCUUCUGGGAGAAGUACGCAGAGGUGGGGCACACACUGACAGGAGUGAAAUUUUUCUCUUCCACCAGGUAGCAGCCCCUUCCAGCCAGCUCCCCUGGGCUGAACAAAGGCAUCGAGGCCACAGGCAGACAAGGACUCAGGUGUCAUCAUGGGAAAGCUCUGGGCUGGGUUUCCGGCCGGCAUGUGGGAAGGUUCCUGAAUGAGGGGGUGCGGGGGAUGGCCGCUGCCCUUGAGGGGGAGAAGGGUCAGUGCUGAAAGGCCUGGAGGGAGGGUCUGCAGGGCUGUGGAGAUGGGCACGUACAC